AUGUCUUUGAGGACAAUGACUUUUGGUCCAAUCGGUUUUUCAUCUACUACCUUGGACAAACUGUCUCUACAUGCAAAAUAUGAAGUUGCCAUUAGGUUACCGUCCGGAAAGCUCGAGUCCUUGUCAGUAGAUGAGUGUCUGAAAGCAUUGACUUCAGGUGAAAUAUGGGUUUCUAGUGGAAAUUCAUGCCGGAUUGAUCUCAGCAUUACUGUCGAUGGAAGAGAACUGGUUGAGACAAAUGAUAAUCAUAUCGUUGAGUCAUUGGGCAAGUUCGUUGCAGAGUCAAAGAUAUGGGAACAGCUUGGACUAUCCACGAUACUCCACUUGCAAAAUGCGUUACUACAGAAGGAACGUCUUUCAAUUCAGCUCAACUAUAAUGAACCCUCAACCUUGUCAGUUGUCAGCCCCCGGCCUUGGUCAUAUACAACUACCGAUGUUAAGACACCUGAAGCACUACUUUGCGCUCAGAUGGAACGAUUGGAACUGUGCCUAGCAUUUCGAUCUCCGUCUGUAGUAAAGCAAAUCUCAAAGAGAGUAAAACCUCCCGCUCUAGAACCUGGGAUUGACAAAGAUUCUCCUGUACGAUUCAAAAUUACUCAAUCUGGUGCGCCAAAAAAACCAUUGGUCAUCAAACUUGGCCCAAGCGAGAGGAUAUCAUCUCUUUUGAUGAGUUUGAAUUCCAUCAAGCAGUCGCAAAUUACUCGUUCUGGUGCAACAAUCAAAUCACUAGUCAUCAAAUUUGGCCCCAGCGAGAGGAUAUCAUCGUUUUUGAAGACUCUUGAUUCCAUUAAGCAGUCACAAAUCACUCAAUCAAUCAUGCCGACCACAUCAUUAUCAAUUAUCAAACUCCCUGGACAUAAGAUAUCAGGAAUUUUGGCAGAGUGUUCUGAAAGUUUGUGUUCAAGUUUGACAUUACAUGCUAUACCUGCGUUGUCCCAAUUGAGCACUUACAUAAGCUCACUUCCAUUCUCCUACAAACCACCGACUUCUAAACGUACAGUCUCCUUGAAAAAAUACGGAAUGAGGUCUUCGCAAAAGCAAGGGGAUAAUUAUGUGCCAUUAAAAGACGCAGAGGUGGACAAAAUAAUGCAUCUAUCAGACGAUGAUAAGGACUCAUUAACUGUUGAGAAACCCACCCGGAAACGUCGUGCCUUAACUUACAAUCAAGAAAAUAAUGCAUACGUCCUCGAUCCGAUAGUAUCAUGCAAACUUGUUGGGGCGGCGAUACGUGCAAUGAUUGCUGGCACCGGAAUGAGACGUAGGAUAACAAAUGGGGUGACGAUAGACAAUAUUUCGAAUAUCCCAGCAACUUCUUUGGCGACCCUGAGCCCAGUCAUGUUUUCUCCGGGAUUCAAGAAGUCAAUGGCGCAUAACUCUCGCUACGCUCCUAGGAUCAUUCAGAUGCUGGCCUCUUUAGCACGCAAUGCACAGACCCUAAGCCUUAAACAAAAGCUUGCAGACAUUGCAAAUAUUCCGACCUCUGAGUUUGCCCGUGAUAUAACUGAUGGAGAGAUCGACAGUGAGCUAGACUCCGAGAAAAGACUAGCCGCCGUGGUUCAAGCUCGAAUCUGGUCAAUGAUGCAACGAGCAUUAUAUGAUCCAUCGGCUGCUCGACAGGCUACCAACAAACGCAUGACUUCAGAUAAUGCUAUUCUGGUGGAGGAGGACGAUGGAUAUGAUGACCUUCUGAACUCAAUCGGGACUGACGUUGAUAUGGACGUUGAUAUAGAAGACUCGAAGAAGGGUGAUGAUGACUUUCAGUGGAUUAUUGAUGAACAUGACAGUGAAACAUCGGCAUUCGAUUGUAUACUCAGUGAUUCUGAGGAAAUAUCAGGGGAUGCUUUUGUUGAUAUCCUUGACGACGGAGAUGAGUUGCUGUUGAGUGAUGAGGAAAGGGAAAGGUUGGAAAUAGAAUUCGAAACGGAAGAAAUGUUGUUUGGUCGUCGUUGGCAGCUUGAGGAUGAAGAAGUACUCUAUGAUGAUUUGCUAUUUAUGGAAGACUCAGCUCACGACGACUUAUUACUCGAGGGGGAGAAUAGUAUAUUGGGAGAGCGGCUAUUAUUUAACCGCGAUGAGAUGUUGCUAAUUUGA